GGAGAGCCGCCUACUUGUGUCAGACAACUACAGUAACCAAUGGCAGCGUAGCGUUCGUCCGGAUUGGGCCAAUCAAGUAGCAGUUUACCGUGAUUGACAGCAUCUUUGUCCAAUCAGCAAGUAUCUUCGAAUCUCCAGGCAAUGUAUCAACACUGAAACACUUUUUUCGACACAAGACGUAAAAAGAUCAACGCGACAUACAAAGACUCACUUUGACAUAAUCCUGCUUUCUUUACAGAUUUGAGCGUGUUUUGCCACCCAAGAUAUGGCAUGUGUACAACAAGUGAGAACAUCUCAGGACACUCAGCUGUUGCCCAAUCAGGUUGUGUCGGAGCUGCAGUCCAUCGCUGUUAUCAAGAAACUUCUGGCCAUUGCCGUGUCUGGCAUCACAUACCUAAGAGGACUUUUUCCAGAGAAGGCCUACGGGAACAAAUAUGUGGAAGGUUAGACGAUAAACGUUCUUCUUUCAUCGAGCAAAGAAGGAACAACUGGUUUACCCUCCACAAUGCAGUGAAAUAUGAAAAUAUAGGGAUGCAAGGUUGCUUUGAUGCCAUCCAGAUGAAAUAUCUCCGCACCGUCAUUAUGUCUGUCUACACAGACGCUGACAACCCACAGAAAGUGACAGAGUUUUAUCAGUUCAGGAUUCAUUACAACUCUGACGGGGCCAAGAUGGACUUUGAGAGCAACCACAACGAAAAGCUGUCGACAAUUUCGUGUGGCAGCACCAAGAAGGCCAGCAUCCUGUUGGUGAGGAAGCUCUACACUCUCAUGCAGAACCUCGGUCCUCUGCCCGAGAGUGUCUACCUCAACAUGAAGCUGGCCUACUACGAUGAUGUGACGCCUCAGGACUAUCAGCCACCAGGCUUCAAGGAGGCUGACGGAAACACGCUGGUGUUUGGGAAGGAGCCGGUCAGGCUGACAAUGGGCGAGGUGGUCACGCCUUUCCACACCAUCCAGCUGGACAUGGCCACCGAGAGACAAAGGCUAGAACCGGUGGAGGAGACUGUAGGUGGCAAGGACAAGUGGAUUCUAAGGAUACAUGACGAGGGUGUGGUGUCUCAGAGUCACGUGGUCGAAGAUGUGGACGCGCCUGACAACAACAGCAACGGGAUCGAGCUGAUGUGCCACGAAAAUACCUACGAGGUUACCGAGAUGAAAACUGUGUCAAAGAAGACCUCUGACAUGGAGACAACCACAAUGACCACCAGAAGCGGACGCAUUUUAAAGUCAACCACGCAGUGUGCGCUGCAGACAAACGGGAUGUUGAAAAACAGGAAGGAAGCCGCAAUGAAGGACAAACUGGUUUCUAAAUACGACAUUCCAAACAGCCAGGAAACUCCACGGAAGAAGCGCAAGUUCAGCGAGCCCAAAGAACACCUCUGACCUCGCACGCCCCGCCAAACAGGCACAUCUUUUCCUUUCAUUGUCAGUUUUUUUAUGUUUAUUGGUAAGAGUUAGGUUGAAAUGUCCAUGCAUGUUUUUGUGAACAAACCUUUGUUUACGUGAUGUUUACGAGUCUUCACUUGUGCAGAGCAGUGCCGUCAGCUUCAAUAAAAGUCACAAUGUU